AUGGAAGACUCACAAGCCCCCACGGUGCUUGGGGAUCUUUUCUACGAUGACCCAUCGCAACUCUCCCAGGCUCUCAAGCAGCGGGCCUGCAGCGACAAGCCAUUUCGCUUCACCACAUCGACUGAGAGCCCGCACUCAGGCAACUACGCUCCUUUAGCCUUGCCCUCGGCCCAGCACACGGGUUGCGUUUCUCUGCACCUGCCCGUCGUGCUUUCCCCGUUCAACCGCGCUCUUUCCCCACGACGCGCCGCGAUCACAAAACAUGUCAAGCCCGCCGCCUUGCCCACCCAUCACAGCGCGCCCACAGCCACUGGCAACAUAAAACACGGGGACCGCGUAUUCAAGAUGUACAACAGCUUCAGCAUGAUGGACGCGCCGGGCGACACCCAGCCGGACAGUCAGAUGCUGAAGACAUGGACGAGCGGCAUAUACACCAGCGAGGGCAAAGAGGUCAAUCCUCCCAAAUCGCUGUUCGUGGACCAUUCCGACGACGACAAUGGCGACGACCUGCCUACAGAUGAGAUGGACAUUGUCGCAUCGAGCCAAGACCAGCACAUGCCAACGCCUACGAGCCCUACCGUAGUCGACGCCGACGAAGAUGAUUAUGCGCCGAACAGCAUGGCGCCUACAAGUCCUCUCAAGUUCCAAACACCGGCAUUGGCAGACAGGCACAGGGGGAACUCUGGCCAGAUGCUGAGCUCGGCCGUGCGGACAAAUACCACGCCUGCCACCGCUGAUUCACCCUCGCUGUUCUUUCCAGCUUUCGACAACGGAGGCGAUGGCGGCAUACAGAAUAUCUCGCUCACACAGGCCUUCAACAACACCCAGGCGCCUACCUCGCCCGCUGUGGGCGGUAUUACAGAAGAUGUAGUUUUCACGCGCCCUUCGCCCAACUUCAGCCACUUGCGACACUCCAGUCCGAUUCCCGCAUAUUCCAGCCCCAUCAAAGCCAUGCGCCCCGAUACACCCAAAACCGAUCCUAUCGUACGAUCAUCCAGCGAACCACGAGCCGAAUACGUCACAAUGAAGCAAUCGCAGGAGAAGCGGAGGCCUUCUAUAGGAGAUGAGCAUAGGUUGCCCAUAGAACAGGAUAGCUGGCAAAAGCUGUCUCGGAAAGUGAAGGCGCAGAAGGCAAAGGAGCAUGCUCAUCGUCGGGCUGCCAGCUCUUUGUCACACAUCUCGGUGCCAACCCCCUUGGUGUCGCGAUCCAGUAGGAAGCGUAUACAGGACGUCGGUUUACCGUCGCCCGUCAAGUCGAGAAACUCACGAGGUGGCGAACAUGGUGAAUACCAGGAUGACGAUGACGAGACAAUGGACGAGCAGUCACAACCCAUACUGGGGAACGGGGUGAAAGACUACAAUACCGGACAAUCGCCCGACGAGUCGUCACAGAAUGCGGCCCAUACCGCACGGACUAGAGUGAGACGUAAUAGCAACGACAAUAGCGUACAGGUUCCCAAGACUUCUUCGCACCCUCACCGCACUUCACGAACUUCUACCCAACAAGCAAUUCCCUCCUCGCAGCUGCAACACGAGUCGCAACUACAGAACGAUAAGACACAGCGAUAUCUACGAGACACAAACCAGCCACCUAGCAGCAAGGAAUCAAUCGCUGUUAUGGACUCGCAACCGGAUGCAACUGCAGACUUCGAUAGUGUACCACGACCAAAAUCGCUACGAUUCCCAUCGUCACCAUCGAUGAAUCAAUACAGUAUCAACCAGACUACCAUGGCCACCAAGACCGGGUAUACGAGUCAAGUCAUCUCUUCAUCAAUGCCUCCCAUGCCACCCAAGUCUAGCCUGGACGACGACGAGACCCCCGACGGGGAAGAGCGCGUACCCAGCAGCCCUCCACUCCUGAGACCUGAAGAUGCAGAAGCAGAGGAAGGCGAUCUGGAAUACGAUGAGCACACCUACGACGAGUACGUAGAAGGAGCAGCUGAGCGGGACACUGCGACACCGACCAUCGAAGAAGAAGACACCGUAAUGGUUGAGGACGAAGAUCUACCGCUUGCAAAUGAGCUCGAGGGCAAUGCUACAAUUGAACUCCAAGGUGAAAGGUCCGAUGAGGAACUGGAUCUCGUCCAACCCGGUAAAGUGGAUAUGGGAACCGACCAGCAAGUUCCAGAAACCUUUGAACAAGAUCAACCUAUGGAUGACAUCCACGAUGGUGAUCUACCACGGCAUAAUCCGACUACGGAGCCACCCAAGCCACCGAGCAUGCGACGUCAAAACACUGUCCCAGAGACUGACGCGCUCGAUGAGACGCAACCCACGUUCUUCACAGAUAACACGUCUGCUGAAGCCACAGGGGACGACGUUGCUGUACCCCAUGAGACCAACAGUACAGAGGCUUUCCAGACCGCCCAGGAAGAACAUAGCCUAUCUGGGCCGAAUAAGGCAGCACCUGCUAGCUCAAAAGACAACGGAAGCGAUGUGAUCCGUGGAGACAAUCGUAUUCAUUCUAUUGAUGACAUCUACAAUCUACCCGAGACACAGCAGUCAGCACCAGACGAAGAGAUUGAAAUGCCACGGUUGAGUGGUCUUGAGGAUGACGAUUGCGAUGCCUUCAUGGCUUCAACUUCACCAGCACCUCCGUCUACAAAAAGGCGCAAGGUUACAUACACUGCGAAGCGUAAAGUUUUUCGCAGUCCACCAAAGCCGACCACAGACAAGGACGCACUCACAGAGCCGCCCAAAUCACCCCGUCUCGAGCAGGUUCAGCACGCGCCUGAGGACACUCCGCCGACUGCGUCAGCUCAGGCACGGGAGAGUCAGGGCGCAUUGGCCGCCACGCGUGAAAGACAAGCGGUACAGGCCCCAUACAAACGAACAACAUCUUUGAAGUCAAAGAUCUUGCCAAAAGCCAGUAGAGCCCAGAAAGACAAACAGGGCGCGCUAAAACCAGUAUCCAGAGAACUCUUGCAGAGCGUGUCUUCACCGGCGCAUUCACCAGCAAAACCAAAGCCUUCGUUGGACGUGCGUAAAAGUACUCCACUCACUCCUACGAAGCCUCGGGAGGUAGUUGUCGAUAGACCAGCUGAUGUCGAGAUGCUCGACGCUGCCGUUGAGCCGGAUGAGCCCAUCAGCUCCGCACCCCAUUCGAGCAAUGCCGAGAUACCUCUAGAAACUCCAUCGCAACGUGUCACAACCCCACCAGGGGAAAUCAUUGUGCCAAACAGGGUCUUCGCGUCCUGGCCAGGCAGCCAUUACUAUCCUGCCACAUGCCUCGGCCAAGCCACUGCCCGUCAGUUGCAGAUCCGCUUCGACGAUGGUAACACUACGUCAAUGGAUGCAGUGCAUGUUCGUGCUUUGAGUCUCCGUAGGGGUGAUCAAGUCAAGGUUGAUGAAACCGGUAUGAAAAAGAACGUCUAUGCCGUUGUCGAUUUCAAGGACAGGAUCGAUGACCUCAGUGGUGCGGAGUUUCCCACUACUGACCAACGCGGAUAUACGACAGUUGUUCUGGAAGAACGCGCCCGGGAGAGCUUGCCGAAAGCUAAAGCAAUGCAGCCAGCGGAGCACAUAUCCGUGCCCGUGAGAAAAAUCUACCUAACCGCUUCACUCUGGAAGCGACUUCGCGAUCGGUCUUUCAACUUCUCUGCAGCCAUCACGCCAGCCAAGUCAGCUUCUCAUUUCGGCACUCCUGUUGCUGAUCCAUUCACAACGCCCUCUUUCAGCCGACGAGGAACAGGGGUACCAUCACUGCUGAAAGACGUUACCACACGCGCCGCGUCUGUGGCAUCUACCGCCCGAUCCGGCAGCGGCGUGUUUGCGAACAUGGCUUUCGUUCUGACUUCUACUGCAGCAGACGUGGACAAAGAGGUUGUUGCUAGGCAAAUCAAGAGCAACGGCGGACAAGUCCUGGAACAAGGUUUCCACGAGCUUUUUGAAAGCGAGCCUAGUGAGGCACCAACAUCAUCCCAGAGCCGUCGCAGAUCGGCCUCUACUAUCGAGGGGUCAGCUGCACUGGUGCUCAAGCAAGCAUACAGAGACCUGGGCUUCGUCGCUCUCAUCUCUGAUUCUCACUCUCGCAGCACCAAGUACAUUCAAGCACUCGCCCUUAAUGUUCCGUGUCUGCAUCUUCGCUGGAUUCAUGACUCACUGAACGCAUCUCGCGCUGUGCCCUUUACGCGAUACCUUCUGCCCGCUGGUGUUUCCAAGUUCCUCGAUCCGAACGGUGUCGUGCGAUCCCGCACAAUGGCUCCUUACGACCCCGCUGGCGAGGACGUCUCCUUCGCGCAAAUCAUACAAGAUCGUUAUCCUCUCUUCCAAGGCCAGAGUGUCCUUCUUAUCACCGGCAAAUCGAAGAAGGAAGUUGAAAAGCGACAGCCAUUUGUCUUCCUCUCCCACGCUCUAGGGUCUGCUACAGUCGGUCGCUGCGCUGAUCUUGCAGGUGCAUCCGAUAUGCUCGCUAGCGGCAAGUGGGACUGGGUGUAUGUGGACAACGGCGAAGGCGGUGUCGCAGAGGCUGCCUCAACGUUGCUCGGUACCGAGAAGCCUGUCGCCCAUGGCAAAACUAAGAAGCCCAAGAAAAGGAAGAGGGAUGAGACUGAAGUGCAAGAAGAGCUUCUCGUCAAAGGUGAAGUGAAUGGGCACAAGGUGAAGAUCACAUGUGCGGAGUUUGUCAUUCAGAGCUUGAUCUUAGGCGCUCUCAUCGAGGAGUAG